AUGGAGCCGCACAAUUUGCAGGCAGCAUCGACCUAUGUCAACAACAUUCUCCUGGCCCGAGGACUGCUGAAGAGUGGGGAGCCGAUUGACUUCGCCGAGCCUGAUAAUGGCGAAGGAGGGACAGAGGCCACCAUGGCCCGAGUGAUCAACUUGGUCAAUGAUCUGGUCAUCAGGAGAGACCGCGAAUCUGAUCACCGCGAGAACCUCGCGACAACGAUCCGGACAUUGCGCGCAAGCGAGUCGGAGCAGACUAUGGAAAUGGCAUGUGCGCAAUCCACUGAUGCCGAAGCACAGGAACGUGCGCUCAAGUCAAAUCUGGCCAGCGCCGAAGCUACGGCCAGAGGACUUAAAGAACAGGUUCAGCGCAUGAAGACAACCGUCCAGCAAGUUCGCGCGCAAUGUGCCAACGACAUCCGCAAGCGGGACCUGGAGAUGCAGAGACUCAAGUCACACCUGGCCGAGCGUCAACGGGGCAAGCGUGAAGGGCUGAGUGUGACCACCAUCAAUAUCAAUGCCAGUGCAGACAGAUCGCAACUUAGGAAUAGCGGCGGGGAACAGGUCAAUGACCCUGGGUACAGUCUGAAGCAGGAGACGACCGAAUUUUUGACUGAGCUGUGCCAGAAUCUCAGUGAUGAGAAUGACCAGCUGAUUGAGCUUGCGCGAAAGACAGUGCAAACGCUGAAGGAGCUGCAAGGAUUGCCGCAAUUUGAGGAUGCUGGUGGUGACGAGGAAAUGUCAGGAAUGGCAAGUGUUGGACCUCUGAAAUCGACUUCCGGUUCUGCCACUACACUUCCUACUUCGUGCGAAGAUUUGUCAAUCCGUAUGGAGGCAGUGCUAGAUCACCUGCGGACAUUACUUACCAACCCGUCAUUUGUGCCGCUCGAGGAAGUCGAGAUCCGUGACGAGGAAAUCAAACGGCUACGCGAAAGCUGGGAAAAGAUGGAGAGCCGAUGGAAGCAGGCUGUCACCAUGAUAGAUGGCUGGCAGAGACGCCUGGCUAGCGGAGAUUCAGUGCAAGCGGAAGAAUUGAAGCGAGGCAUGAAUCUCGACUUCGUGAACUCAUUGCAAGAUACCAGCAUGCAGGACCAGUCAGAAACCAAAGAUAUCUCGCCGAUUCUCGAGGACGAACGGGAAGAAGACACAAGUGACUCGGAAGACCGACUACCAGAACCCGAAACAUCCAACGACCAGACACGAUCCAAGAUCCGCAAAAUACCUGUGCGUCCUGAGCGGGCAUUGAGAGAACGCACCGACAACGCGCCAAAGCGUUUGACACGUAAAGUCUCCUUUACACCUGGCUUGCAAGGGUCACCGUCCGAACACGCGGGUACCGAAGAGGAAACACUUGAGAUCAAACCUUACAAAGCCGCAACUGUGACACGCAGACCGUCGCGACGAAAGACAGAAACCAAGCCACCGCGUGAGGUGAGUGAAAUGCACACAACUGACGGCAAGGAUUCAUACUUAUGUACAUUAUUGAAGCAGGUCGUCCCCAAAGAUACACGGAGCAUCCCCCAAAAGCUCGCCGGGGCCGAAGAUGAUGCCCGAACCGCCGAACAAUCACGCAAGGAGCGCGAAUCUCGAAAGCGAAGCCGGCCUGACAAGGGAACUAGCAGGACAGGAGCCCGCCGCCGGAGUACCCUGGACAAGGAUGAAUUGAACGAACUGAUGGGCAGGUCGACCCGGUGA